AUGGCACCAGGAUGCAUCGGAGCAACGUUCUGCUGGGAUACCCUGGGUCCAGGCAUUUAUGUGGAUGUCGGUUUGACCCGUACUACCUUCCUAAAUAUCGUUAAGGACCAGGUACACCCCCCCUUCAUGGUGAAGGUGUUCCCCUAUGACAGUGGCCUCUUCCAGCAGGAUAAUGUGCACUACCACACUGCACACAUUAUUCAGGAAUGGUUUGUGAAACAUGAUGAGGAGUUCAAGGUGUUGUCCUGGCUUCUAAAUUCCCCAGAUCUUAAUCCGAUAGAGGAUCUGUGGGAUGUGUUGAAACAAAAAGUCUUAUCCCUGGCGGGUCCACCUUGCAACUUACUGGAUCUAAAGGAUCUUAGUGCCAGAUAUGGCAGGGCACCUACAAGGUCUUGUAGAGUUCAUGCCUUGGCAGCUUCUAAAAGGCCCGGGGACGCGUGUGCUCCAGAGCAGUUUUUGUGUCUGAGUGACCGUGCUUGCAUUCCUGCCAGCUACCAGUGUGACGAGGAGCCUGACUGUGCUGACCGCUCAGAUGAGUACGGCUGUGCCCCUCCCACUGUGACCAGCCCCCCAGAAGAGUCUGUUACGGCAGUGCGGGGGCAGACGGUGAACUUCACUUGUACAGCUGUUGGCGUGCCCACCCCCAUCAUUACUUGGAGGCUUAAAUGGGGACACAUUCCAGUCAGUAGCAGGAUCUCGAUGACCAGCGAGAAUGGCCAGGGGACGUUGACCAUCCGGAAUGUGAAGGAGGGAGAUCAGGGGGCGUACACCUGUGAAGCCAUCAACGCUAAAGGCCUGGUGUUUGCGAUUCCAGAUGGAGUCUUGACCCUUUCUCAUGUUCCAAGUUUUGAAAGCUGUAAGACAACUACACCAUCACCCAUCACAACCACCAUCACCACAGUGGCAGUCCUGAGCUCUAAGUCGUGGUCAGGAGUGCCGCUGUGGUAUGACAUUGUUCGCUGGACUCUCUUCACUAUUAUGAUGGUCACCCCUGGUCUAGUGCACGUGUGCACACGGGCCAGAGCCAGUGGAUAAGACUUACUCACAAACACCAAAAACACAUCUGACUGUGGAAAAGACUUUGCUUUGCUUUCGUUUUUGACUUCGUGCUUUAGUUUGAUGUCUGUGCCUUAAUGUUAUUGUGUCUUUUUAAACAUGGUUUAAUCCAUAG